AUGGACGUGAAUAAUACAUCAAAGAAGCAUAAAAAAUCAGUAAAGCGAAAGAAGUCCUUGGCAAGCGUAGAUGAGACAUCCUUGAAGGCAAAAUCGAAACCCGCAUUGAAGAAGAAGCAAGGAACUCCGAAAGAGCUCUCUCAAUUCGUCAAAGUUGAUGGUUCACCACCUAAGAAGAAAAAACUGGGUUUGUUGAAAGAAUCUAACAUCCACAAUGGCAAAGCUGGAAAGAAAAAAGUUGAAAAUCUCCCGAAUCAGAACGGCACGAAUACUUCCUCAAAGGUCACUAACGAGUCAAAAAAUGGUGGAUCUAAGAAGAACAAAAAGCCUAUCCCAUUAUUUGAAUCCGACGACGAGCAGGACGAUGAGCAUGUUACUAAGCUCCACGGUGUAGUAGGAGAGGACUCGGAUAUAGAAAUGGACGAUGACUUUGCUAGCGACGAAUCCCUCGAUGGUAGUGCGAGUGGUAACGACGAUUCUGGUAAUGAAUUACCUAUUGAGAAAAAGUCGAGGCUCCUGGAUAAAAGAAAGCAGAAAACGGCGGAUGAAGGUGAAUCGGAACUUCGUCUGAAUAUUGCCGGUCAACAGAAGUACGAACUUCCAUCAGUUGACGAAGUGGAAAAGCAACUUAAAGAACUACCCAAUCUCCAGAUUAUCAGAGAUAGGAUUAGCGAAGUUGUUCAGGUGCUAGGUGACUUCAAAACUCGUCGACAGCCUGGCAAAAGCAGGGAGGAUUAUGUUGCUAUACUCACUAAGGAUCUGUGCUCUCAAUAUGGUUACAAUGAGUUCCUCAUGACGAAAUUUAUGCAACUUUUCCCACAACCUUCUGAGUUAAUAGAAUUUCUGGAUGCGAAUGACCAGCAACGCCCUGUCACAAUAAGAACAAACACGCUCAAAACAAGAAGAGGAGACUUGGCCAAGUCUUUGAUCAAUCGAGGUAUGAACGUAGAUCCUGCAGCUCCUUGGACAAAAGUCGGAUUAGUGGUGUACGACUCUCAAGUUCCAAUAGGAGCUACACCUGAGUACCUUGCUGGUCAUUACAUGAUACAAGGUCUCAACUCGUUGUUGCCUGUCAUGGCUCUUGCUCCACAGCCUGGUGACCGUGUGCUCGACAUGUGCGCCGCUCCGGGAGGGAAGACUUCCCAUAUUGCUAGCCUCAUGAAAAAUAGCGGCGUGCUGUUUGCUAACGACGCGAACAUGAGCCGCUGUCGUGCUGUGAUUGGAAAUUUGCAUAGAUUGGGCGUUAACAAUGCCAUUGUCAGCAAUCUUAGUGGCGAUGAAUAUGCAAAGUUAGCUCCCAAUGGCUUCGAUCGCGUCCUCCUGGAUGCUCCCUGCUCUGGAACUGGUGUAAUAUGGAAAGACCAAUCUGUGAAGACGAGUAAAGACAGUCAAGACAUUCAGCGAAAACAUACCGUUCAACGACAAUUGAUUCUUGCCGCUCUCGAUGCAGUGGAUGCAAAAUCACCAAAUGGUGGAUAUGUGGUCUACUCAACCUGCUCAGUUUUGGUCGAAGAAAAUGAGGCUGUGGUGAAUUUCGCCUUGAAGAAAAGGCAUUGUGAAUUAGUUCCAUGCGGUCUGGAAGUUGGCGUUGAAGGAUUCACACGAUUCCGUGAGUAUCGAUUCCACCCUUCAUUGAACUUAACUCGGCGUUACUACCCUCAUGUUCACAAUAUUGACGGAUUUUUCGUUGCAAAGCUGAAGAAAUUGUCAAAUGCAAAGAUGGGAAAAGCUAGCGUCGAUAUUGCGCAACGGGAAAAACUAGACGAAAACAGUGACGAAGUUGAUCAGAAAGGAAAAAGCCCGGAAAAGAAGUCGCUGAAGAAAGGAAAAGGUGGUCACAAGGACUCCGACAGCUCUGACAAUGAAGUGGAUGGUUCUGAAGGAAGUGGUAAGCGAAAAGCUAAGAAAAAGAGAAACCAGUUAAAGAACAAGGCGAAAAAGAUCUCCGGAACUGACGAGAACGAUGGGUUCAAUACGGCUGGCUAUAUUCAGAAGACUAAGAAAGAAAAGCGGUUGAAAUUCAGAGUAGGCAGGAGAGUUUUGGCCAAGACAAGUGCUAAGCUUAUCAAAAAUAAACGGAAGAAAUUGUUAGCUAAAAAAGCCGGACCAUCUUCGUAG